UUUUCCCGAUAUGCUUAAUCUUGCUUGGCUAUCUGGGAUUGUAUUGUUGUCGCUUUUCCGCGAUGCUGAUUGGUUCUCUCGCUGCGCUUACUUUGUGUUGCGAGAGUAACUGCCACUGCGAUUGAAUUUUGACAGCUGUCAAAUUUGUAUAGACGGUUAUCUAUACAAUUAUCGUUGUAGUUUAUUUUCAAAAAGUAAAAAAUAAAAAGCUAAAUAGCGCGCGCUGUAAUGUCUUGUAAGUUAAAUUUUAUGUAUUUUAAAAAUAACUGGUUUCUAAGUAACUGAGAUUAUCACGAUAAAAUCAACGUGAUUGAAAUUUGACGUAAAUUUUCAUCGGAACUCAGUCAAAUUGAUAGUUGUUUUAACUUUAUCGACAAUUGUGUGUUACUUGAAUUGAAAUAAAACGUUAAUUUAUUUAAAAUUAAUUAAAAUAAAAAUUAUUAAUUUUUGAACUUUAUUAUUUAAUUUCUAAUUUUUUAACUAAUUACUAAAACUUUGGAAAUCAAUGAAUGAAUUGUAAUCUAAUUUAAUACGCACGGAAAAUUUAAACUUGAUUACGUAGAUAUGUCAAUGCACACAUCUGUGAUACAUGUCAGCUUUAAAAUUUGACUUAAGACGUUGAUACGUUUCCCUCAUAAAGUAUCCCGUUAAAGGAAAUACUUUCCUAUCGUAGACGAUACAGCUACUAAUACAAACGUAAAGAAUAUGGUGAUUCAUUGGUUCGCAGCCGACGAAAGCGGCGGAGUUUCCUGAGCUUUCGAGCCAAUGAGAAUUUCAGCUUGCUAAAAAUACAUUUUGAAUCAUAGUAGGAGGAGAUGAGGCGACACCUCCUUUGCGAAAGACAAGAAAUAUAGUUGUGAAUACGUAUCUCUACCCCCGAGUAAGACGCGUAACUCGAACCAGUCAACAUAUUUAACAGAAUCGAACGGAUACGACAAACUCGCUGCGUUAAUUAAAAUAUUGGAAAGGCCAAUUUGUAGGCAAGUUUAUCAAAGCAUUUUUAUUGAUAGAAAGAAACAAUACAUUAAAAAAGUACAUAUAAUACAUAUAAAGUUUACUUAAGGAACGGAACAAUUGGUAAUGCACAAAGAACAAAUUCUACGUAUAAAAUAUUCUAAAUAUAAUUCAUCCGAGAAAACAAGGAAUUUUUUAGUCCAAGUGCAUUUGCGAGACUUAUAUGCCACUUAUCAUAUUAUAAAAUAUAUAUAAUUGUGAAUAUAAAGUAUAUUCAAUUGCGCAUAUAUUAUAACAAAUGUAUUUAAUGUCAACCAAUAAAACAUUUGAAAAUAACGUUUUUCGUACAUAGUAAUUAAACGACUUGAGAUUUGAUAGGAAUUGAUACAGUCUGUUGGUUAAAUAUAACAUAAGCGUCCUUUCUGUUUGUCUCCUUAAAAUAAUAUCGAAAAUUAGGAUGAAAACUGGCGGAAAUACUUCAAAUCGUUUGAGUACAGCAAACAUGGAGCAACGUUUAAGAAGCCCAAAGUGUGCAAGAUGUCGAAAUCAUGGUGUAAUAUCUGGUUUAAAAGGUCACAAAAGAUCAUGUGCAUGGAAAGAUUGCCGAUGUCCUUGCUGUCUUCUAGUCGUCGAGAGGCAGCGAGUGAUGGCAGCGCAAGUUGCUUUACGUAGACAACAAGCACAAAACGACAAUCUUUUAUCUACAGUAAAUAAAAUAUCAAUGGAGACUACGAGUAUCAGCGUAACACAGGAUUUCUACCAUGGAUUGAAUACCGUACAUAGUUUACCUGGCACAUUAUCAACACAUCCGCAUUUAUUGAGCACUUUAUCUUCUCUGGGAUGCAAUGAAAAACAAGAAAUUGAACCCAUUCUUAAGGUACACUCUUUCCAUUCUACAUAUCCGACAACAAUAGUUCCAUGGUUCGAAGAGGUAACACAAUCAUAUAUAGCAAAUGGAGAUUUGAAUCACUUUCUUUCUACGAAAGAUUUGCGGAACUGUCCUACUACAAUCAAUAAACCUUGUUUAGAAAAAAAAGCGCCGAUUUCCUUCAGCGUAGAAUCUAUUAUAGAUAAGCCGUUCCGAAGAUAUCAUGGUCACCGCAAGUGAUGUAAAAAAACGGACGUUCUAAGAGAAGAUUAUAUUUCAUUCAUUUUUUUAUAUUUUUUCAUAAAAAAAUUUAUAUAUAGACCUAAAAAUAUGAACUUUUUGAUAGUGUUUUGUGAAUUUUAUUAAAUAUUUAUUAAAACGGCAAAAAAAAUUCUUAAAAAUCACGUAAUUUUUCCGAUCUCAAGUAGAUAUAACCCCUUAAUUUAUUUGCAAAAAGCUAAUUUUUUAAUCAAAUUUUUUUUCAAUCAAUAUUUAUACAUACAAAACGGAUGGAAAUAUCUCUGAAAAGUGUAAAUCUUGUAUUCAUGGACCAUAAACUUUCAAAUGUACGUGUGAGUAUAUUUUUCAAUUCAAGAUGAUGACAUCCAAUAUGGCGGUUAAAAAAAGUAAAAUUUAUGAAAUCUUCGAUUUCUCCGCAGUGUUGUUCUCGGUGACGCUUUUUUGCGCAUGCACAAUGCGGUUAUAAUGAAAUCCAGUAACGUAUCUAUAACAAUACGUCUUAUAGACGGAGAAGUAACGUACCUAUUCUGUAACUUUUAAUAAUAAUUUUCGAUAGUGUACGUUACAUUGUUGUUGUAUAAUUUUUUUAUUACAUUUAAUACUUGUACAAUUAGUAAUAUAUAACAAUACUGACAUUGAUACAAAAUAGGACUCUAAAAGUACCCUUUCUCAUAUAAGAUAGAUACUUCCAUUGAACUUAUAUUUAAUGCGCAAGCACGAGAAAGUGUCACCGAGAACAACACUGUUUCUCUGUAUGUAAAUAUUUCUUUCAAUCACUUUAUCAAAGUUGAUUUUUAAAGGUUUUUUUGGAUCGCUGAUUGGGAUUCUGUUAUCAGACAUGUCAAAUUCAAGAUGGCGAAUCCAAUAUAGAUCGAAAAUGUUCAAAGUCAAUCAAAUUUAUUGAAAAUCACUAUAUGAGAGUUCUUUGGGUCGCUGAUUACGAAUCUGGCAUCAGAAUUGUCGAUUUAUAAAUGAUGAAUUUACUACCAUAAAUGAAAUAGUCAAAAUUAAUCAAAUUUCAUCAACUUUAAAAUUUAUCUGAUUCAUAUGGACGCAGAUGUUAUAAGUUGUAUUCUUCAAAUUCAAUUUUUUUGUUAUUUCCCUCGUGCUUUCUAUAUUCAAGAUAUACAUUUAAAAGCUGAAAAAAAUACAAAAAAUAUAAUAAAAUACAAAAAA